AUGUUGACCCCGCCGUCAAUCGCUGUCAUGUACAACGUGUUGACGUUCCCGGCCGAUGGAGACGAGUUCAGUUAUCGCAUUAGUUUGCGCCAUGUGUCGCGCAUGCUGCACACGAAAUUGGCAAGGUGCUACAAGAUUUUCAACGUGUCCAGACCGCGUGACGAUCUCAUGAAGCUGAACCAAGACGUGGUUGAGUUUGGCUGGCCACCGAACAUGGCUCCACCGUUGCAACGGGUAUGUUCGUUGUGCAAAGAGAUUGACCAAUGGCUGGCACGCAGUCCGCACAACGUCGCUGUCAUCCACGAGAAAGGGGGUUCUAACCGAGCUGCAGUGGUCAUCAAUGUCUUCCUGCAUUACUGCAGAGUAUGCGCCAAGUAUGUACAUUUUCGUUUUCUGUACUUGCUACACUGA